AUGAAUCAGGAUACAUCAUCGAGCUCUCGUCAAAGCCCUAGUGGUACUAUGCACAGCUCAGACUCGGGAAGCCAGUCCAAGCCUACCUCAAAGCGGGCUUCGAGAGCCGGUACACGUAGCGUGUCCACGCUUUCGGCUGCGCAACUUGAAAGGAAACGCGCAAACGACAGAGAAGCACAGAGAGCCAUUCGUCAAAGAACAAAGGAUCAUAUCGAGAAUCUCGAGCGACGAAUCAGCGAAUUGACUGGCACUCAAGAAGGCCGCGAGAAGUUGUAUUUGACUACACAGCAACGGAACCGUGAGCUCGAGGAGGAGAACGCAUACCUCAGAAGCAGGCUCUCCGGAGAAACUUUUACCAUCAAUGUAAAUGAGAACGAUGAUAAAGCACCACCACAGUACAGCGUCUCUGCUCCUGAUUCUUCGCCUCGGGCUCACCUGAGCGCAGGCGUGAACAUUGCUAGACCCUCGUCUUCAGCCACGAGUAGAGGCAUUGCUCAACCAGCGGAAGCAUGGAGACAGCACAAUCAGUAUAGUCCUGGAAGCGCUCCAGCUUCCGCACCAUUCAUGUCCGAGGGGGCACAGCAGACUGCUGGUCAGAGUGCUGCGUCAUGGAGAGCUCAGGACGUUCCCACCGCCCCUUCAUAUGGCUAUCAAGUCCGUCAGAACGACCGACCGACAAGCUAUUCGUCCCCAGCACACCCAAUGAGUUACCCAGGUCAUCCACAAACGGCACAGUUCCAGCACGCGAUCACCGCUCAAGCACCAACACCUGCUUUCCACAAUGGUGGCAUCAAUACUCACCCCGACUUUCAAGGAAUGCCUCAAUACGCUGCCUCAUCAACACCUUCAUACCAUGAGCAGCAAGGUCACGCCAGCUUUGUUUCCGGAGCACCGCCUGUCGCAUCAACCACUGCAGACUUCCAUGGCGCACCCCGCAGCCUAGCCCCUCCAACUUACAAUUCGAACGCCGGAUCUGCCCACUUCAUGCCCGGCCAACCUCAGCAGGCCCACAGUCAACCCAUGGCGUAUCGCGAGGGCACUUCCCAGCAAACCUACGGCUAUGAUGCAUGA